UAAGAGGCUUGAACUUCGUAUGUAGGUUAUAGAUAAUAAAGCAGGGAAUAAAAUAGAGCAGUUAGCGUAACUCCAUUCAGAGCUGGAUAUUUCUGAGCAGUCAUGGAAAAAUAAUGUGAAAAGAUAAACCAAUAAGAAGGCACUUUUAUUUUAAUUAAUAUUACAUAUUCUACUCUAAACAAUGUUUUUAUUAUUUCUUCUGCAAAUAGCCCAUUUGCUACGUCCGUAAUGCUUUUAUUUUGAAAGAGUUGAUCGGAAAUCGUGUUCUUCCCUCUAUCGUCGGGCUCACACUGUCAAGCAUCCGACUGUCAGUCCGUGUGAUCUCCGUCGUCCCGUCGCUUGUCGCUCGCGUCUCUCGCAUUUGGAAACUUGCAUUUAUAUCGCGUGACGGCUUCGAAUGGAAGGGAGCGAGGCGAGGAGCCGUGCCGAUCCGGGCCAGUCCAGGCCAGGUCGAGAUACGAGAAACAGCAGCACCCAGACCGACAGCAGGGUACAAGGUGAGAAGCCGCAUAGAGGAGGGGACCUGUUCAUACUGUUAAUACUGCGACACUGAUGGUGGAGUCACAUCACAGUGACUGAUUUGUGUGAGUGACAGAACGAGCCCGAGUGUAUCUGCUACAUUUGACAUUGUUCAACCUUGUUUACGUGCAUGUCAUACAAUUACGUCUGCUUAUGUCUAUGCGGCAUUACUAUGAUCAUACAUAUUAAUAUAUAUAUAUAUAUAUAUACAUGUGUAUGUAUAUAAAUAUGAGUAAUUUAUGUCUAUUUAAUAAGCCAUUACCGUUUUGUGAUCUCACCCUUCACUGAGCAGGUUUAUUCAGUUCCUCCACCUGUUUCAAGAAACUGAGCUGACAUGGACACAGACGUUUGGAUGGCAAAUGGGUAACUGGGACAAAGGUUGUCCUGGUAGUACGUCAGGGGUUUAAGUUGAUUCAGGAUGAUACGAAAAACUGAAUGGUAAUCUGCCUUUUGCUUUUUGCUGUGACGUUUUUUGUUUUUACUGAUGUGGAAGCUGCCUGAGGCAGCGCCUGUCAAGACUGAUCAUGCAUGACAUACAUGACAGUCCACAUACCAGCGAGUAAUUACAGCUUUGGAGAAGAUGACUCCUCAUUCACAUCUCUGCUUUUUUGGUUUCCCCCUGUCUCUCCUCCAGGUCAUGGCCCCAGGUUAUCAAAGGUAAAUCUCUUUACCUUGCUGAGUCUGUGGAUGGAGCGGUUCCCUCGGGAGCCACGUGAAGAAGAAGAGGAGGACCUCAGUCAGAUCCAUGGGAUGGGUCUGGUGGUGGUGCAGGACGGUAAGGUGGUGGGACUCCACUGCUCCGGAGCCGAGCUCCACGCGGGACAGGCAGCCGUCAUCCAACAUGGCGCCCGCCUGGCUGACAGUCAGCUGUACUUCUCCAGGAGACCCUGUGCCACCUGCCUCAAGAUGAUCAUCAACGCUGGAGUCAGUCAGAUCUCCUUCUGGCCUGGAGACCCCGAGGUCAGCAUGCUGAGCUCCAAGUCCACAAACCAUUCGAACGCCGGCUCCCACUGUCCCCCCGACUGCGUCACAGAGGAGGCCGCGCUCGACGCCGUGGCAACAGAGAAGCUGAAGUCCAACAGCCGUCCGCACAUCUGCGUGCUGCUGCAGCCGCUGGCACCGGGGCUGGCGCAGUUUCUCGACGAGACGUCCAGAGAGUGUGACUUCAUGGAGAAAGUGAUAGAUGAUGAACCGGAGCUGAGCACAGAGGAGCUCUUCAACAGAGAACGGACAAGACACCUGAAGGAUUUCUCCAGGCAGUUCCUGGUCGGGACGCCUCAGCAUCACCGGCAGAUCUUGAAGCUAAUGGGUCUGGAGAACUUCUGCGUGGAGCCCUACUUCUCCAACCUGAGACACAACAUGAGGGACCUGGUGGAGGUGCUGGCUGCAGUGGCUGCCGGGGUACCAAUGCAACACCACGGCUUCUACAGGGAACACUGUGCGACCCCGGAGCCUCCUCGACACGAGGGAGUAUCACAAGAGAUGGCUUGCCAUUGCAUAAUCCAAGCCAGACUGCUGGCCUACAGAACAGAGGAUCCCAAAGUAGGCGUGGGGGCCGUCAUCUGGGCCAGAGGCCUCUCGGCUGGCUGUGAUGGCCUGGGACAUAUGCAGCUGGUGGGUUGUGGGUACAAUGCUUACCCAGCGGGCUCGCUGUACGCCGAGUACCCCCAGAUGGACACCAAGCAGGAGGACCGACAGAGACGCAAGUACAGAUACAUCGUCCACGCAGAGCAGAACGCCCUCACCUUCAGGACGCGAGACAUCAAACCGGGGGAGCCCACCAUGCUGUUUGUAACCAAGUGUCCGUGCGACGAGUGUGUCCCUCUGAUCAGGGGAGGCGGCAUCACACACAUCUACACCAACGACCAGGACCGGGACAAAGACAAGGGAGACAUUUCCUACCUGAGGUUCAGCGGCCUGAAGGACAUCAGCAAGUUCACGUGGCAGAGGAGCCCCGCAGUCGCCUCGUCGUCCUCUCCUCACAUCGCCAACGGUAGUGUGGGGAAGCACAGCAGGCCGACCGAGCGGGAGGAGAGCCACAGCAACAAGAAGCUGUGCACCAGCAGAUCCCACAACUCGCCGUCAGUUGGAUGAAAACCGCAGUCGUGUUUUCAGCUCGCGGUUCCCUAAUCUGUGCUGCACAAAAUUUUUUACGUCAUUCAUUUGCCUUUUUAACGCAGCGGCUGGGAGGAGAUGCUGCAUGUUAAUGUUUUUACACCACGCCGUGAUGUGAUUAAAGACCUGACUGCAGCCAGAACUGGUAGAAAUGUACACCUAUGAAAUGCUAUUGUUAAACCACCAGGAGCUGCGUUAUUAGGGGUACGUGAUCGCAGCACAAUGCACCGAGGCGUUCGUGGCUCAAAGAAGUGGGAACUUUCUUUAAAACCCUUGAGCUGGAGCGUUCCUCCCACUGUAGUGAGCAGGCACCGGAAGAAGAGACUGAAAAGGCAAACGACACAAUGACCUCAAUGGGGAAUCACAAAGAAGGGAUGGAUGGAUGGAUGGGUGGAUGGAAGAGGUGAAGAGUGUGUGGACCAAACGGCUGCUAGAAUGAGGGAUGAUAUUAUGGGUACUUCAAACUAAAUAUUUCCCAAAUUGUAACACAAACUGUGAUAUGUAGAUUUGUUAUUUUAUCUUUUUUUUAUAUUUCAGUGUUAAAUAGUAUAUUUGAAUUGUUUAAGGUGUUUUACUGUGUUGGAUAUAAAGACGUAGCGCAGGUUGCCAUGGGUGUGCGUCCUGCUGAACUGAAUAACGUUUGAAAGAAAAGAGGAUGCUGUGCAACACAACAUGUGACUUUUUUUUUUUCAAAAUGUAGGAUUUUAAUUAUGUUUUAAAUUUGAUUUGGGCGAAGGCAAAAACUCAGUUGGGAUCACAGGCUCGGAAAGAGAGAUAGAAUCUCCUCGGAGAUAUUUAUACUCUUUGGUGUCAGGCGAGACAAAAGAGGCAGCCACAUGCUCGCUGUGAAAAGAUUUGUGGGCAAUGAGAUUUAGUUUCGAGAAAGACCGAAGAUAAUCACCGGCGAGAAAGAAGCGACUGUUCACUGCACAGGGAGACGCAGGUGCCACGUGAAGCCGCUCAAAGAAAGACAGAACUUAAUCGCACAGUUUGAAGUCAUUGUUUUUGAUCAUUUAUCUACAGUGCUGAGGAAAUUUGUUAAUUUAUUUUUUUUACAUUUAAUACACGAUAUCAGUUUAAGUUCAAGUAAGACAGUGUCCAGGGGAAAACAACAAUCCAUGUGCUCUAGAGUUGAAACAAAUUUCAAGGUGAACGUGAUUACUUCUGGUUUUUAAGGAAUGAAUGAAAAUAAAAAUCUGAUUCAGAAAAUA